AUGCGUUUCUCGAACAUCCUCGCUCUUGCUGGCUCCACCAUCGCAGCCCCGGCCAAUAAUCCAGUCGACCCUUCCACUCUCAAGGCUCGUACUUACGAAAACCACAGCCAAGGUCAUAACUUCGACUCUGUUUUGCCUCCCAUCGUUCCCAUCAACACUCGCUCUGGUGACAGAGACCUCAUCACCAAGCUUAUGACCGCACCCACUCAAGCUGAGCGUGCCAAGCUUCUUGACCAACCCGGCGAUUUCAUCUUUGACUUUGGCAACUUUACCGGAGCUGGUGAAGCUAUAGGAAAAGGUGGCCGGUCAGUCUCUGCCACCGCUUUAACCAUGCCCGCCCUUAUUGGCAAUGAAGGCGCCAUGACUGUUGCAUUUCUCGGUCCCUGCGGGAUGAACACUGCACAUGUUCAUAACCGAGCCACAGAGCUGAAUAUUAUCGUCAAAGGGCGUCUUGUUACGAACUUUGUGCUUGAGAAUGGCGUCCGUCCCAUUGAGAAUACUAUGGAUACCUUCCAGAUGGCUGUUUUCCCUCAAGGAGCCAUUCACCAAGAGUUCAACCCGGACUGUACCGACGCUGUCUUCGUUGCUUCUUUCGGCUCUAACGACCCUGGUGUAAACCAGGUCGCACAGAGCUUCUUUAGCCUGCGACCCGAUGUUGUGUCUGCUACUCUUGGUGGUAUCAAAACCAUCGACGGAAAGGACAUCGAGUCUUUCCGAGAUAUGAUCCCUAAGAAUAUUGCUUUGGGUAUUGACUCUUGCUUGAAGAAGUGUGGUAUUGAGAGGAAUGCUAAGCGAAGUAUCGAAGAGAUCCUGGCUUAA